GAUGAGCUCCAAUAUUUGUUUUUAUUUUGUCAGGAGAGGUGGGUUUAUUUCUCUAUUCUCUCCAGACUUUUUUGUUUGUUUGCAGUUUCGUUCAUUCUGUCAAUCAUUUUCUGUACUUAGAAGAUUAUUUUCUGCCCUAUCAUCAAUUCAUGGAAUGACAAAUUGCUUCUUAAGUUUGAGAUUUAUAAAGAAGAACAAGGAUGCAGCCUCCAACUGUCCGUUCCACCACUCAAAGAGUGAUUUUAUUUGUUCGAAGCUCCCACUCAACAGUCUAACUCUAUGAAGAUGAAUAUAUACCGAUGAACUGGGAAAUCAAAUUCUGAUUGUCAAUCAGAGGUUGUGUUGUAGAUAUUGUACAAGAUAUCAGACUGAAAGGAAAGUCUUGUCAGUUUUUGAAAACCGUCAGCUUCAACUCGCGAGUUUUGUGUGGAUCUUAUAAACUCUCAGCCAAUCUUCUCGUUCGAUAAUACUAAUAGUUUGUCAGAUCCUAUUUAAACAGUAGAAGUGAGUAGUGGUUUUGCGUCACGACGGUCCUGAGUCCUACUUCUACGUCAUACAUUCUGCGAUUCCCACGGAGAACAUAGUUAUCUUCGUUUAAAGGCAACUGUUAUGACUUUGACGGUCACAUAAUAAUGUCUCUAGUCUCCAGAGCUUACUUCCUGCAGGCGGCGCACUUCACAUGCUCUACCGUCUAGUUAACUAUAGACCAUCACGUGACAGGCUUAUCCCCAGACCAUGGAUCACCCGUUCCCACGGCCCUCUAACCAGAUCCUAGGUCUGAAGCAAGCGCGUCACGUCAUGUAUCCAUGGUAACGCGAGCAGUAUCACGUGAUCCCCAUAUGACUCGCCCACGUGAUCAGACACGCGCGUUAGUGUGGAACUAAAAACCAGAGCGAGAUAAUUCUGAUUAUUCGCAAGUCAUCUAUACACCGAGUGUUAGAACUUCGAGCUCGCUUUAUUGCACAACCUUGCUAUGUUUGUUAAAUCGGAAGUUGAAUUGAGCAGUUGUGGGGUCCAGUGUUUGCCUGAGGAAAUGAUCAACUAUUCUUGUACCUCACCCGGGAUGCACCCUCCCCCGCGUGUCUACCCUGCAUCUCCAUCCUACACCACCUUCUCCUACCUUCCCUCCCCGGACCACUACAAUCUCCCUCCCCCUGAAUCAGUCAACUCGCCCCCACUUACGCCCCAUUCACACGACGUCUUCUUUCCCGGCGAUGGGAAGUUUUCUUCUGAAGAUAUUUAUGGGAUGCUUAACUACCAUGACACGACAAUGAUGAUGCCAGGAUACCAGUAUAUCCAGGAGACCCUGUUUAGGAGCGACUCUCCGGACAGUUCCCCCGAAGAGCCUGCUUACCGACACUGCUGGGACGAUACGACCGCUGUCUCUAAUAACAUCAGACAGUUUACAUUGCCCCCUCGCAAGUCGAAAUCCAAGAAGAAAAAGGGGUCAACUGUAAUUAAAUCCUUGACUGAUAAACCCCCAUACUCCUACAUCGCUUUGAUAACCAUGGCUAUAAAGAACUCCGAGGAAAAACGGUUGACAUUAGCCGAGAUAUACGAGUUUAUUAUGGAGAAGUUCCCCUACUACAGAGACAACAAGCAGGGCUGGCAGAACAGUGUCCGCCACAAUCUCAGUCUUAACGAUUGCUUCAUGAAGGUGACUCGUGAACCGGGUAAGCCAGGUAAAGGUAACUACUGGGCACUCGACCCUGCUGCUGAAGACAUGUUUGAUAACGGCAGUUUCCGGAGGAGGAGAAAGAGGUUCAAGAGAUUUUCUGCUAGUACUUCUACUAGAGGAGAAAACGCAACAAGUCGUCAGAAGAUUAACAGCAAGGUUUCGGAGUUUGGGACUGAUUUCAGACUAGAGACUGUUAUGGGACAGGUCCCGAACAGUGUACCAGUAAUGGGAGCCUACAUUCCUGAGCAACCAAACUUCUACACCGUCCCCAACCAUUCCCCGUACAUGAUCCAGCAGUACAAAAGACCGGCUAAGCUGGAAUACGAGGGAGGAGAUCAACAGGUGAUGGAUCCGUCAGUCUUCCUGACCACGCCCCCCACCACCCCACCAAACUCCACAUCUACUACCGUCUUCAACAUGUCCCCCAUCAUCCUGUCUAGCAACCCUGAUACUCGGCCCAGAGAUAUGUACUCCCACCAGCUCCCCACAUAUAACCACCCGGAGUGUUCAGAUAAGAGGGACCCCCCCUUUCAGUCCAACAGCGCUCCUCCUGCCUAUAUCUUACAGCAGACCCCCUCAUGAACACCCCGCCCUGCGGAUAUACCCCUCCCUGCUAAUACUGGAGUAAUACUUGCAAUCUCAACACUGUCUUCCAGUUAACUCUUCGACUGUUAAUUGUCUUCCAGUUAACUCUUCGACUGUUAAUUGUCGCGACGUUUUGUCUAAUCAAAUAAGAUUUUCGAGGCUAUUUAUGAAAGUGAAAGUGAACGCGUAUUUUCGAGUACUGUGUACUCAAGAUUUAAAGUGAUGUUAAAUUGAGAUGUCAUCAUAAACCAAGACUUCAGCCUGCUAAUAACUAUUUAAGUCAUAUUUGAAUUUAGUAAAUCGUGCUUUCAACCGCACAAUUUCCUUAUCUUACAUUUAUAAUGCUGUGUGGGUGCGUUAUAUUAUCGUCACGGCAAACAUCCGAUCCAGGCUCCGUAGAACAUUCUGGUAGAUCAUCCAGUUUUUACAACUUCCAAAACCUAUUAAUAAAGCCUAAUUUGUACCCUUAUUUACAUUUCUAUUUUACGCAUUUUUAAUUUACGGGUUAUUAACACCCAUUUGUAUGUUAAAUAUUUCGUAGAACCAUUUUGUAUCAAACAACUCAUUUCAACAUAAUCUUUGCUAUUCCAAUGUUAUA